GACGUCGAUACGUCACAUGUAAACCAGAGUCAAGAUGGCGGCCGCCGGAGGAGAGGCUUCUGCUCAUAGUGUCUCGGAUGACUUAUUUCAAAAUUUUUACACGGAGGUGAAGCAGAUUGAGAAAAGAGACUCCGUGUUAACCUCCAAGCAGCAGAUUGACAGACUCCUGAGACCUGGCGCAUCCUACUUCAAUCUCAACCCCUUUGAGGUGCUGCAAAUUGAUCCAGAUGCAACAGAUGACGAACUGAAGAAAAGAUUUCGGGCGUUGUCCAUUUUGGUCCAUCCAGACAAAAAUCAGGAUGACCAAGAUAGAGCACAGAAAGCAUUCGAAGCUGUGGACAAGGCGUACAAACUCCUGCUGGAUCCAGAACAGAAGAAAAGAGCCUUAGAUGUGAUUCACGCAGGAAAGGAAUAUGUGGAGCAUAUGGUAAAGGAGAAAAAGAAACAGCUGAAAAAGGAAGGGAAAUCACUGGAUAUGGAGGAGGAUGACCCUGAAGUAUUCAAGCAAGCAGUGUACAAACAGACCAUGAAGCUGUUCGCAGAGCUUGAAAUCAAGAGGAAGGAAAGGGAAGCAAAGGACAUGCACGAGAGGAAAAGGGCAAGAGAAGAAGAAAUCGAGGCAGCAGAGAAAGCGAAACGCGAGAGAGAAUGGCAGAAAAACUUUGAGGAAACACGAGACGGGCGUGUGGACAGCUGGAGGAACUUCCAGGCCAAAGGCAAGACCAAGGAGAAGAAGAACAGGUCUUUCCUCAAACCCCCCAAAGUGAAGAUGGAACAGAGGGAAUGAUGCUGUAAAAUGGGACUUCACUAGAUUAAAAUCCACCGUUUCAAAAACAGCCCAGUCAUGUGUAUCCUCACCUUGUUGUCUGCAGUCAGCUGUGUUAUCAUAAUCAUCGCACAGUCAUCAGGAUACGACCUCCUCAUCCCGAUCCCUGACAAACUUAGUUUUGUACCUGGUUUUCUAAUGUACAUAUUUGUGAUCUGGAGCCAGAGAUCAUACCCGUGUCGUGCAAGAGAGAUAAAUGAUGCAUCUUCCACUUAUGUCACCAAUGAGAAAAAAAAAACGUGGCUCAUUGUUAUGUUUGUUUCUGGUCCUUUUCUCUUUUUUUUAACCUGAAUAAAGCUUGGUCUUAACCAGC